AUGCGUCUCUUUCGACUGUGCGCUUUGGCGCUGGCCGCUGAAUGCGCCCAUGGCUAUCUUGACACCGCGCCCUUCUUCAUGUUCUCAACCUCAGAACUUCUAGCAACGACCUCCCACGUCCAGUCCGCACCUCUCCUGACCUCCGAUAUCGCAUUGACCCUCUCCUCGUGCCCGUCAGACUACUACAUCCUGGUGUCGCAACCUGGAGUGUCUGCUAAAGACUACUCCAAUUCUCAGAGAUCCACGCCAUUACUUACGAGAGCGUUGUCGCCGUCCCAGUCGAAAGGGUCGGCUAUCCGGAGCAGCUUGACGGUCCCAGACGUCUUCGGUCGCCUCGACAGCUCUACGUGGGUAGAUGUAUUGAAAACGAAAUGCGGUGUCUCGACCGCCUCCAUCGACGCCUCGAAAGAAGGUAUUCCCACGAAAGAGUUAACCCCAGCACCGCGCCUGCUCGAGCUUGUCCUCCCGGCGCCAUCGGCUGGCUCGAACAGAGCUAACGACCUCUCGUCGAAUGACGCAUUCUUGGCCUCUGUGAUAGAUCUGCUGCCCACGCAGAACUACACGGUGUUGUACACUACAAGCCGCUCGCAAGAUGAAAUGCUGGUGGCUCAAGGAGCGGGCGAAAAAGAAGCCGCGGAAUAUGACAUGAACUCCGAAAUACAAGAAAACAUGCAUCUCGAUCUGAAACGAGAUCUCGGGUUGCAUGCUGCGGCCAACAAGACCGGCAAUAACCAGACCAUGAUCGACGGGCCACUGUUUGAUAAGUAUCAAUUUUUCACUCCCGGAAUCUUCAUGGGCUACCUCGUCGGCUUCCUGCUCUUACUCAUCUUAUAUGUUGCCAUCUCCGGUGUGGCCAGUUUGCAAGUCACGUACGCGGCAUUCGACAAGGAGCAAGGGCAGCUCGCGACAAAGAAGCAAUAA